AUGACAGAGAAACUCGAUCACGGGCCCAAGGUCAUGUCCGUGAACGGCAAAGUAUCCGCGGCGAUCUACAAACCUCUUGACAACACACGGCAAGAAAUCCGACUUCUCACGCUUCUUCCGUCUGAAGAUAAAGAUGUAAAUAUUCGUUGCACCCUUUCACACGCCGUACUCAACACCCCAUCUGGGAAUCCAGCAUACGAGGCGCUAUCCUAUGUUUGGGGAGAGCCUGAUUUCUCGGAGCCGAUAAUUCUCAACUACCAUACUUUCUUCAUUACACCAAGUCUGAAGUACAUCCUUUCAUGCCUAAAGCAAAGAUAUGACCAGCAACGAGUUCUUUGGGUCGAUGCAAUCUGCAUCAAUCAGUCAGACGUCGAGGAGCGGGGUCACCAAGUCGCUCUUUUGCACGAAAUCUAUUUGAAUUGCCAACGAGAUAUCGCAUGGCUAGAUCCAAUGAUCUUAAUAAUGCAUGGCAAGGCCCAUAAGCUCUGCAGUCUUCCAGAUUUCCAAGAAGAAGAAAAUUGA